AUGCCCCCCUUCAUCCCCCGCAAGCAUCUCCCCGUUCACCCAAAUGUCUCGUCUACGAAUAUUCGUCCCAACGACAGCUCCGACUCGCCUCUGAGCGAUCCCCCCAGCGACUCCAGACCUCCGAAUCCUCCCGAUGGCGAUGACGAGCAUGAUGAUGACGAUAAUGACAAUGAUGACGAAUCGGACGCAUCCUCGGAGGUCGACUGGGAGGAUGCCUUCGACUCCAAUCCUACCAGCGCCCCCAUUACCAACCCGGCCACGCCCGCUCCUCUCCAGGACCUUGAAUUGACCCUGGACAGGAACGAGGUGCGUCUAUCCGACAUUGUCGAGGGCAAGAAAGCGCCCUCUAAGAUCGAACGUCAGAUCCGCAUCGACACCCAUUGCCUACACGUACACUUCCUCCUGUUCCACAACGCCCUACGCAAUGCCUGGGCGAGUGAUCCCCAGCUCCAUGAGAUCCUGCGUCGCCAGCUGCCAGCCGCCCUACACAAAGAGGUCCGGAAAUGGCGGGUGGCCUCCGGGCUGGAAAUCCCCGAGAACUCCCCGGGUCAGAAGAUUGCGAGACAGACGAAGGGAAAACAACGACGCGAGUGGUCGGAAGCCUCCUCGCGACUGGAACCGGGACAGCCCGACAUGAGUCGCGGCGACCCCAUAAUCGGUCUACUCAAGGUGCUGGCCGCCUACUGGAAGAAGCAGUUCAAGAUCACCGCUCCGGGGCUGCGGAAGCAUGGCUACCGGCCUAUGUCCCAUCUGCACGCGGAGAUCGCGUCCUUCCACCAUGACAAUCCCAACCCCGAGAGACAUGGAGAGAGGAUCUGCAAUGUGGCCGAGUUUCGUCAGGCGGCCGAGUGUAUGGAGGGAUCGCGAGACCUCGGUGCGCAGCUGUUUACCGCCCUCCUGCGAGCCCUCCAGAUCGAGGCUCGGCUCGUCGCCAGUUUACAACCUCUGGGGUUUGGGUGGACCAAAUCGGAGAAUUUCAUACCAAAGCCUAAGGCUAACCCUGGACGGAUAAUUGAGGCCGAGGAGACCGAGGCGGGAGGCGUCCAGUCUGAAGCGAGUGACUCAGACGAGUCUCCUAUCCGUCGCCGCAGCAACAACAACCCAAAAGGAUACGACAAGGAUCUCCCGUUUCCGAUCUACUGGACGGAGGUGGCAUCGCCCGUGACGCACGAGAUCAUUCCCGUCGAUCCGCUGGUGCUCCAGAACCCCGUAGCAACGACCCCGGAGCUGCAGGCUGCGUUCGAACCUCGCGGAGCGAAGGCCGAGAAAGCCAAACAGGUAAUAUGCUACGUAGUAGCCUUCUCCACCGACCGCACGGCCAAGGACGUCACCACGCGCUAUCUCCGUCGUCGCACCUGGCCGGGCAAAACUAAAGGAUAUCGCCUGCCAGUAGAGAAGAUCCCCGUGCCGGGUCGAAAGGGCCAGUAUUUCGAGUACAACUGGUGCCGCCGGACCCUGCGCAUCUACGAGCGUGCCCCUGGAUACCGAACGGCAGUCGAUGACAUCGAGGACCAGAAAGAUUUGGUGCCGAACCAGCCGGACAAGAAAAAGUCCGCCAAAGACGGAGAUACGCUGCAGAGCCUACGAGCGUCGACGGAGUUCGUCCUGGAACGGUUCCUGCGGCGUGAGGAGGCCUUGAAACCCGGCACGCAGCAUGUGCGCACCUUUGUCACCGGUCGCGGCAACAAGGUCAAGGAGGAGAAGGUUUACCGCCGCGCCGACGUCCUGAAGUGCCUCUCCACGGAGAGCUGGCACAAGGAAGGUCGGCAAAUCAAGCCAGGCGAGGUGCCACUGAAACGAGUCCCUAUCCGCGCCGUCACCCUACUACGCAAACGCGAGGUCGAUGAGCUGGAGCGCGAAAUGGGCGAGAAGCCCAAACAGGGGCUCUACGCCCGAUACCAGACCGAGUACAUAAUCCCGCCGCCCAUCCGCAACGGCGUCAUCCCCAAGAACGACUACGGCAACAUCGACUGCUUCGUCCCCAGCAUGGUCCCCCGCGGAGCCGCCCACGUCCCCUGGCCCGGGACUGUGCGCAUCUGCAAGAAGCUGGGCAUCGACUACGCCGAGGCGGUGACCGGCUUCGAGUUCGGGUCCAAGAUGGCCGUUCCUGUCAUCCAGGGCGUCGUUGUAGCAGUUGAAAACGAGGACCUCGUCAAGGACGCCUGGCGCGCCGACGCCGCCGAAAAGCGAGAAAAGGACCGUCGCAAGGCCGAAGCUCGCAUCCUGCAAACCUGGCGCAAGUUCCUCUUUGGUCUGCGCAUCGCCGAACGCGUCCGCGAAGAAUACGGUGAAUCCGCGCGCGACCACGAACGAGACGCUUACAAUCCCUUCACUAAACGUGCGGCAUCGCAUCCGUCCCCGUCUCCGAGCCAACAUCAUCUUCCUGAAGAACAAGGAGAAGAUUCCAUGGACCGCGGCGGAGGCUUCCUCCUUCCGGGCGAAGACGAUGACAACGAAGACCAUCUCAUCGUGGAAAGACGCCCCGAGCAUUGGAGAUUCAACCAUCCUCCCGACGAGCCUGGACCUGAGUCUGGGCCUGAGCUCGAAGAUAUACUCGAUAAUGCCAUCGCAGAGGAUACCUCGAUUGAGGACCUCUCAUCUGUGCCAGAUCCCGAUUCCGAUUCCGACAUCCAAUAUAUUGGGUCUAAAACCCUCACGGAACUACCUCCAACACGUCGGCGCACUCGGAACCUGAAAGGAUCGAGAUGA